AUGGCCGUAGUCAGUGUAACUAGGGCCAUCACGGCCAUGGGGCUGGAGGUGGCGCCCCACAAAACGGAGGCCAUCUUUCUCCAUGGGAGGGAUCGUGAGGCCCCGCCUCCGGCCUACGUAGAAGUAGAGCCGGCCCGCAUUAGGGUGGGGUCGAGCUUAAAAUAUCUCGGCCUCACCCUGGAUGAAAAAUGGGGGUUCGAGUCUCACUUUGAGACUCUAGCCCCCAAAGUGGGCAGGAUGGCGAACGCACUAUGUCGCCUCCUGCCCAACCUCGGUGGUCCGGGCGCCGUGGUGCGGCGCCUACACGUGAACACCGUCCUGUCGGUGCUCCUAUACGGGGCAUCAGUUUGA